AUGGCGCAGCCCGCCCGGCCGACCCUCCGCCCGCCUCGCCGCCGCCGGGCUCCGCGCAGCUCGGCCGCCGGCUCCUCCUCCUCCUCCCCGCUCAGCUUGAGUUUAGAUUUAAGUAUAUUGGCAGAGGAGUUAGAUGUAAAGACCUGCCUUUAUUCUGCUGCAUUGCCAUUGCCUUCAGAAGGAUCUGACACUGUGAUUUUGGAUAUUCUGUUUGGGAAGAAGUUCAAGAUCACAAAAGACAUAAUGUUCCUACCAGAUAUUCUCCAGGAAACGCAGAAAGUACCUCAUGUUGGAGGCACUAUUGUAUUGCUGCUGAGCCAAGAUCUCCAUAAGCGCAUGGAUGGCAUCACCAAGUGUGCUGAAAAUGACUCUCCUAAUGCCAUUUCUGAUGGCGCAAGUGAGACUGCCACUGCAAAAGCCCUGAAUGUUGAUGGGAAUUCUUCCUCCUCGGUGAGUGGUGUUGAAGAGUCCUGUCUCAGCAGCCAACAGACACAUUUUGGGUCUCUGGUGCCAGAUGGCAUUUAUGGAGUUAGUCUUGGAAAGACGGAUGCUUUCAUAUACAAAUACAGGAAGAUCUCUACUGCUGGGAAUCGAUAGCUUUCUUGCA